ACGGGGGGCGGGCAGCGGGGCCCAGGGCUGUUCCGGGAGGGCCCGGCCGGGAGCGGAGGAGGCCGGCUCGGAGGAAGUGAUGGAAGCUGAGGAAACAGGAAGAGCCGCGGCCGGACACCUUUAUCCAGUAGAUAUUUUAGCAAGUAAUCCUGAGGUUAUCCAAGAAGCAGCUGAGGCCUACUAUGAAAAACUUUUGCAGCAAGCUUCAUCAUCUCCUGAGUUUUUUUCCAUUCCUGGUGAAGAGAAGGUUAAACUUGAAGAUUCCUGUAUGUGUUUCCUUCCUGUGUACCGAGAAGACCCAAAAUAUAAAAUUUUGGUGUUAACAGAUCCACAGGAUAAAGAAAGAGUUUUGGCAAUUUACCUUAACCAGUCCUGGUGGCCCAUUGAAGAUAUAGUGAAGACUGCUGAUUCCUCUAGAGAAGGGCUUAUACAGGUCCAAACAUUUGGAGAAAGGAUUGUCCUCUUUGUUCUCAACUACAUUAUUUUUGGAAUGUUAGAAAGGAGUUCAGCUAAUGAUACAUUCUUUGUAUCUCAUUCCGCCCAGGAGUCUGCCAAAAUAUUCUGGAGGAAAGGAGAUGCUGUUGCCUUUUACACAGUCAAAAUGAAAGGAAGCCUGUGUGAUGUUAACUCCUGUCAAUGCUACCUGCUCCCAGUUCUGGAUACUGUUUUUGUCCGGAGAAAAUACAGAAGGUGCGGCCUAGGGAUGAAAAUUCUGCAUGAUUUCUGUCAAUCUUUUGGGACCGAAGAUGCCUUGGGGAUCAGCUUCCCUAUUUCUGCUGACAUGUACCAAGUUUGCCAGAAAUUCUUGCAGACCCAUCCAGAGGAGCAGGAUCGACUGUGGGAGGUGGAAGCACCAGGGGACUGGAGCCAGCGUGUUAGUAUCUGGUUAAAGAUUCAGCUGGAAACUGCCCUUUCAGAAAAAAACACAGUUAGUCAGACUGCUUCAGAGGAGGAAGGAGGCUGUCAUAUAGAGGGAGCUCAGGAUGAUGAACCCAUAUGCUUAGAUGCAGGCCCGAUGAAUGAGGGAGGUGAAUGUAUUCCUGAUAUUAGGAAAGUGGCACAAGAAGCCAGAGACGACAAAGGUAACGCAGCAGGAGAAGCAAGGACAUUACACCUGCAAAUUCCCAAGGAGGAGGACUUUAGUCAAGGUACAGCUGAUACGCAGCAAUGUAAGGGAUCUAGGAAAAGAGCAAGGACUAUGGGCCUGCUGGAAGACAAGACUGCUAAGUAUCUCCGAAUGAUGCCUUAAUUCCCUCACUCAAGGAGCAAGAUCCACUGUGCAGUCAUAAAAGGCUAAAAUAAUAGACUAAAAUAGUCAUAAUCUCUAACCACACUGAGAUUUCUCCAGAUUAGUUACAAGGGUUUUGCAAGGCAAAUAUUCAGAAUCUUUUAAAAAAAAUAAAAAUAAACUAUUGUUCUUUUAA